CAAGUGGAAGUAAACAUAAACGGUGCAAAGUUCAACAGAUUUUGUUUUGGAACAGAAUUUUGUCUUGUCAUUUGAAGGUAUACUUUUGAUCGGUCCAUUUUUGAUUAAGAUUAUAACUCAAGUGAUAUUGAGAUGAUAUGAUGUUAAGGGUUCUGAAUCAGAUGUCACAACAUUCCAGAAAUAUUAGAACAACAAUAUCAACACGCCAAUUGUCAGUUACACCACAACUCAUGUCAUCAAAAGAUGAUAAAAUGGCUUCUAGAAAAACUAAAGCUGUAAUAUUUGAUAUGGGAGGUGUUGUUUUACCAUCACCACUACAAGCAUUUAAAGAUUUUGAGAGAAAGAAUAGUUUACCUGCGGGGUUUGUUGUAAGUUUAAUUGUGAACGGAGGUGAAAAGAAUGCUUGGUGUCAACUUGAAGAAGGUGUUUUAACAUUGGAUCAGUUUAGACAAGCUUUCAGCAAGGAAUGUUCGCAACAGGCUGGAAAAAAAAUAGAUGCAUCCGAUCUAACAAACAGCUUGACUAAUAUAAUUGCUGUUCAACCAUAUCCUCAAAUAACUGAUGCUGUUAAAUGUAUCCGAGCAGAGGGUCUUAAGACAGCAUUAUUGACUAACAAUUGGUUUACUAAUAACAGUAAAACUGAGAGUCUAGUACCCGUGGAUAGGUCUCUAUUUGAUGUGGUUGUUGAAUCUUGUGUAGAAGGAGUACGGAAACCAAAUCCUAGAAUAUUUGAAAUAUGUUUGGAUCGUCUAAAUAUAAAACCAGAAGAGGCUGUGUUUUUAGAUGAUAUUGGUCAGAAUGUGAAAGCAGCUAAGCAACUUGGUAUUAAUACAAUUAAGGUAACCGAUCCAGAUCAGGCAGUGAAAGAUUUAGAAUCAACACUGGGUUUAUCUUUGAACCAUUUUGUAGAAGGUACAGAAACAGUACCAAAACAUCUCAAUAUUCCUGUGGAUAAUUUGGUUAAUUUUAUUCAGUCUAAUCUGGGUCUCAGUUCUGCAGAUCCACCAAUAAUUCGUUGUUUUAAACAUGGUCAGUCGAAUCCUACAUAUUAUAUUAAUUAUGCUGGAACAGAAAUGGUGCUCAGAAAAAAACCUCCUGGUAAACUACUGCCAUCAGCUCAUGCUGUAGAUAGAGAAUAUCAAGUUAUGAAAGCUUUAGGUAGUCAAGGUGUACCAGUACCAGAGAUGUUAGCUUUCUGUGGUGAUGACAGUGUAAUAGGUACACCAUUUUAUCUAAUGAGAUAUAUGUCUGGUAGAAUCUUUAAAGAUCAUCUAUUAUCCUCUCUACCAAUUAGUGAGAGAAGACCUAUAUAUAGUAAUAUGAUAGACAUACUAUGUAAAAUACAUUCAGCUAAUAUAGAGAAAGCUGGCCUCUCAUCUUACGGUAAACAAGGUAAAUAUGUAGAAAGAAAUUUCAAGAGAUGGGCGAAGCAGUAUGAAGCUAGUAAAACACAUGAUAUACCCUCCAUGAAUAAGCUGAUUGAAUGGAUUCCUAAAAACCUUCCACAAGAUGAAAGAGUGACAGUAGUUCAUGGAGAUUUCAGAUUGGAUAAUCUCAUUUUUAAACAGUACAAUAAUGAUAUUAUAGCUGUCUUAGAUUGGGAGUUAUCUACCCUGGGUGAUCCGCUAACAGAUCUGUGUACAUGUUGUUUGGCAUACUAUAUGCCACCUGGUUUCCCAUUGAUACAAGGUUUUAGUGAAACUAAUUUAAAAGAACAUGGAAUGCCUUCAGUAGAGGACAUACUACAUCAGUAUUGUCAGACAAUGAAAAUACCACCAAUUCAAAAUUGGGAUUUCUACCUUGCUUUCACAUUCUUCCGAUUUGCUGCCAUCUUACAGGGUGUUUAUAAAAGAGCUGUGUCAGGCCAAUCAAGUUCAGCUGAAUCAAAAUUUCUUGGCAGCUUUGCUGAGAAAUUAGCUGAUGUAGGCUGGAAUCUGGCUUUACAGAGUACAUCAGCAUCUAGAACAAGUGGAAUAACAGGGGGAACAACUCAAUCUCGUAAUUAUUCGACAUCAUCACGAUCUGUCAUGUCAUAUAUUAGUAGACCGAUGUCAUCGUCUUCACAUUCAAAUCAUGCUGCUCAGAUGCCAAUUAGUGUUGCUGGUUUAUCACCCAGAGUACAAGAUCUGCAUCAACGUGUUAAAACAUUUAUAGAUGAAAAAGUCAUCCCACUAGAAGCAGAUUUCCUGAAACAUCAACUCUCUAAAGAUAAAUGGAGUGUCUGGCCUCCAAUGGAAAACUUAAAGGCUGAAGCUAAAUCUGCUGGUUUAUGGAAUUUAUUUCUACCUGUAGAAUCUGAUCGUGAUGUAAAAUAUGGUGCUGGAUUAAGUAAUAUAGAAUAUGCUUUCUUAUGUGAACAAAUGGGUAGGAGUGCAAUAGCACCAGAGGCAUUUAACUGUAGUGCACCAGAUACAGGUAAUAUGGAGGUAUUAGUUAAAUAUGGUAAUGAAGAACAGAAGAAAGCCUGGUUACAACCAUUAUUAGAUGGUAAAAUACGGUCGUGUUUUGGUAUGACAGAACCAGCGGUAGCAUCAUCAGAUGCAACUAAUAUAGAAGCAUCUAUUAGGAGAGAAGGGGACUAUUAUAUUAUAAACGGCCACAAAUGGUGGACCUCAGGUGCAUCAGAUUCACGAUGUAAAAUGUGUAUAUUUAUGGGUAAAUCUGAUCGUUCUGUAUCUAAACAUCAACAACAGAGUAUGAUCAUCGUUCCUAUGGAUGCACCCGGUGUUACAAUUGUACGUCCACUAUUGGUCUUCGGAUUUGACGAUGCACCACAUGGACAUGCAGAAGUUACGUUUGAAAAUGUUCGGGUACCAGUUGGUAAUCUGUUAUUAGGUGAAGGUCGUGGAUUUGAAAUUGCUCAAGGUCGUUUGGGACCAGGACGAAUCCAUCAUUGUAUGAGACUAAUUGGUAUGGCUGAAAGAUCUCUCCAGUUAAUGGUGGAACGAACAAAAUCAAGAAUUGCCUUUGGUAAACCAUUAGCAACUCAAGGAACAAUACAAGCUGAUGUAGCUAAAUGUAGACUAGAAAUAGAACAGGCUAGACUUCUGGUACUAAAAGCUGCUCAUAUGAUGGACAUAUAUGGUAACAAGGUAGCUGCCCCUGAAAUAGCUAUGAUAAAAGUUGCUGUACCUAAUAUGGCACAAACUGUUGUAGAUAGAGCGAUUCAGAGCUACGGAGGAGCAGGUGUAUCCUCUGAUUUCCCAUUAGCAGGUUUCUUCAUGUGGGCUCGCGUUUUACGAAUUGCAGAUGGACCAGAUGAAGUUCAUCUUCGAUCAGUAGCCAGAAUGGAAUAUGCAAAAUCAGUUAAUUCAAAAUUGUAGUAAAUCGUUAAUUUGUAUAUCUUUGUUUCAACAAAUAAUGGCUCAAAAAGAGACUUAUAGAUGGUUUCCACUAUCAUAAGAUAUUAACAUGAUUUACCUGGUUUCCACUAUCAGAAGAUAUUAACAUGAUUUACCUGGUUUCCACUAUCAGAACAUAUUAACAUGAUUUACCUGGUUUCCACUAUCAGAACAUAUUAACAUGAUUUACCUGGUUUCCACUAUCAGAACAUAUUAACAUGAUUUACAUGGUUUCCACUAUCAGAACAUAUUAACAUGAUUUACCUGGUUUCCACUAUCAGAACAUAUUAACAUGAUUUACCUUAAUUACUGUAUUGACGCCAUCUGUUUGACUAUUAUUUUGUAAGAUGUGUGUACUCUCGUGUGAAAGAAAUUCUCUUCAACAAGGAA